AUGAAUCAGAUACGGUCAGCUGAGGGUAUCACGAGGUUCUUGAGAUCAAAAGAUACUAGUAUAGAUGAAGUGGUUCAAGUUGGUUAUGAGUUAUUACAGGGCCAAUUGAACGUAUAUUUACCUAAUAAGAAGUCAUUUGUGUUUGAAUUACUAUGUGAUAGACUUAGUGAUGUCAAGACCAAGAAAUUCAGAACUCAGAGCUCAAUUUGGUCAUUAUUAUAUUAUACAUGGUGUGAAUUAGAUGAUGAACCAAAAUUAAGAAAUAGAAUAUUUCAAAAUCUUAAAUUUGGUGAAGCUUUAGUUGAUGGGCUCAGUCAUGUUGAUAAUGAUAUCAGUUUCAUAAAUGCAUUGUCUGAUAUCAUGAAUGCUACUAGAUUAGCCUCAUUAAUUGGUUCAAAUACAUUAGAAUAUUCAAUUGAUAUAUUGUCAAAAUAUCUUGAAAUUAUACAAAAUAUCAAAGAAAAUCUAUCAGACGCUGAACUGGGAAAUCAUAUCCAUACCAUUACAUCAUUUUAUCAAACUAUAAUAUCAGCUGAAAAUUUGAACAAAAAAUACAUCUUAAAAUUUGCAUCAAUAGCAUUACCAAUAAUUUUACAAUUAUCUGCAUCUAUACACAACACAGAGAAUAAUAAACAGCAUACUGAACUCUUAAGCAUUAUCAAGAAAGUUUUAUUGAAUAAAGAACAAAAAGAAAAUCUAAUACCCAAUUUAGAAGCAUUAUUAAAAUCCAAACCAACUAAUGAAAGUCUUGUAUUAUAUUAUGAUAUAUUACUUGAUACAAUUUCAAAAGAUGAUAUCAAAACAGCUGAAAAAUUAUUUACAUUAAUAACUAAUAAAACCCCUGGAAUUACAAGUUUAUUAUUAAAAUCAUUAUCAAAUUUGAAAAGAACUUUAUCACAAUCAUUUUUAGAUGAUAUUAUCAUUAAAGAAUUUGAUAACAAGACUCAAGAUUGGAAUUUAAUCCUUUCUGUAAUUCAAUUAGAUAUUGAAAUUGGUAUUAAACAUGCUGAACAAAUCUUUAUAUCUUUAGAUUCACAAAAAAAUGAAAAUUGGUUAAAAUUAGGUGAACAAUUAUUAAAUUGUUUUAUAAGAGCUAGAGAAUUUUUAAAUUUUUUCAAAUUAUUGAGGAAAAUCCUUAUUGAAACUGAAUAUUCAUCAUAUUGGUCAAGUAUUGAAUUUAGUGAUUUAAUUUCUCAAAAUGUUUAUGUCCUAUCAAUUACAGAAAUGAAUAAAUUAACUGAAUCAAUUUUCCAAGGUGAACAAACUCCUAAUAAAGCUGAUUAUAUCUUGUUAAAUUCCAUUGUUCAAGGUUUAUUCAAUACUCAAGAUAUUACAUUAGUUGAACAAUCUAAAAACUUAUUAAAACCUAUUUGGGAAAUCAAUGAUGAUGAUGAAGAAUUAUGGAGAUUAAAAUAUCAAAUUUUAUGUCUUUAUGAAGAUAUCUUGGAUCAAGAUUCAAUCUCCACAGUCGUUGAAAAAAGUGGGAACCCAUCAAGUUUAAAUCAAUUCUAUUUAUUAUUUCGUAUUAGAGAAAUUUUUGAAUAUGAUUUUAGACCAAUUGUGGAGAAUUUUUUAAAAUUCUUGGAAAGGGAAUCUAAAAAUAAUUCUAAUAUUUUCCAAAUCAUAUUGAAUAGAUGGUUUGUAUUAAUUAAUGAAUUUUUCCAACCUUUAGAAAUUACAAAAUUUUGUGAAUUAAUUUUCUCAGUUCCAAAUGAUGAUUUAAAUAAAUUAUUUGAAAAUGAUUACCUUUUUGAACAACAAAAAUUAACUGAAGGUUUCAUUGAAUAUAUAAGUAAAUCACUUGAUUCCAAAAAAUCCUCAAAUUCGUUACAAAAAAUUGAAAUUUUAGCCAAGUUCCCAAUUCAAUGUUAUCCAAAGAGAAUUAAACAUGUUAUUUUAGAUCAACUUGUUGAAAUAUUAUUUAAAUCAUCCACAUCUCAAUCACAAAAUGAAAUUAUUUUAAAUUCAAUCAAGCAUAUAAUUUCAACUUCACCAACUUUUAAAUCAAAGAUUGAAAUUGAUUUAACUACAAUUUUUAAAUUUGUUGAAAAAAAUCCAAAUUCUGAUAUUUUCAAUAAAGUGUGGAAUCAUCAUUAUCAACAAAGGAAGGAAGUUUCAAGCUCUAAAAUCAUAAAUGAAUUAAUACAAAAAUGUGUUCAAAAAUUAUCAAAAAAUAAUCAAAAUUUAUCAUCAAGUUUUUAUAUAUCUUUUAUAAUUUUAAAAAAUUCAUCAAGUAAUGAAAUUGAUACUGACCAAUUAUUAAAUUCAUUUAUAUCAGCUUCCAAGACAUUAUUCCAUGAAUUUAUUAAAUCAGAUUCCCCAAAAUCAAUUAAAGAUAUAACAUGGUUAUUAGGUUCAUUUGCAGAAUUAAAUUUAUCUUUCCAAGAUUUCCAAUCAUUAAAACCAUUAAUUUUAAAAUUUUCAUCAAAAUUAAAUAAUACAAAUGAUGAUUUAAUAAUUAAUGCCAAAAUUAAUAUUUUUAAAUUAUUUUGUCAAUAUUUUAAUGAAAGUGAUGAUAUUAAAUAUUUUGAAAGUUUAUAUAUUGUUUUGAGAGAACAAGGUGGUGUUAAAGAUGAAUUGUUAACAAGUUUAAGUUUUGUUUUUGGGAAACUUUCAAAUAAUGUUUUCAUUCAUGGGUUUAAUCAUUUAUUAUAUUCAAUUGAUCAGGAUGAAUUAAUGGUUUAUAAUUCAGAGAUUUUAGGAUUAUAUUGGAAAUUUUUCAAACGUGAAGAUAAUAAUGUAAUUAAUGAUUUUGUUAGAUCAAUUUCUAAGAUUUUAUUAAAUUUUAAUAAAUUUAUUCAUUCAGAAUCAAUUAUUAAUGUUUUAAUUUCAAUUAGAUCAAUUUUAUUAGAAAAAACAUGGAUAAUAAAUCAAUAUGGAUUAGAAUUAAUUUUAUCAUUACUUUCCCGGGUUUCAGAUUCAUUAAUAUUGGAAAAUAAUGAAUUUAGUGAAUUAAUUUAUCAAAAUUUAACAUUAACUUUAUCAAAUAUAUUAUUAAUUCAUAGAUUUAGAUUAUCAAAUCGUCAUCAUAUCUUGUUAAAUUUAUUCAAAUCAUUAUUAUUAAAUUUAUCAAAAGUUAACCCAAUUAGGAAAUUACCAUAUUCAAUCAAAAAUGCAGAUUCAAUGUCUCGUGUUUUAAAUAAUCUUUGUGAACCACCAAUUAAUUUUAAAGAUCAAAAUUCAAAUUCAUUAACUUCAUCAAAUUCGUUGGUUAAAAAAUCAUUAAGAAAAUAUUUAUCAACAUUAUUAUGUUCAUUUAUUUUUUUUAAUUUAAAAUAUUCUUAUGAUUCUCAUAUUCGUGAAAUUUUAUUACCAGGUAUUUUCAAUAUAUUUGAUGUAUUAUCACAAAAUGAAUUAAUUUUGGUUAAUACAUUAUUAGAUAAUUCAGGUCCUCAACAAGGCUAUGGUGGAUAUCAACAAGGUCCACCUCAACAAGGUUAUUAUCAACAAGGUCCUCAACCUGUUUAUACUCAACAACCUCCUCAACAAAAAGAAAGUGGAUGUUGUGGUACUUGUUGUAAAAUCUUGUGUUGUGCUUGUCUUUUAGAAAUGUUGUGUGGUGAUUGUUGUGGUGGUGAUGAUUAUGGUCCAGGUGGUCCAGGUGGUCCAGGUGGAUAUUAG